AUGCGCUUCUUGCUCGGAUUACUCAUCGCAAUCGUCGCAUUUGCUGCUAGUUCACCAAUUCAUGGAAUCUGGAACAACCUCCCAGCUCCUCCACAAAAACGAGUCUACGGAUUCUACAACUACUUGCCAAAGGAGGAGGACGACCGUGACAAACGUAACACCAUCUUUCUCUUGGCCCCAAAUGAGGAUUACGUUGAUUGA